AUGCAUAAUCCCUCUUCUCUCUUCCUAACACCUCACAACUCCCUUCACUUUCUGUCAAAAAAAGCAACACCACCAUACACCCUUUCAUCUAUUACCCAAUCACCAUCAUCAACAUCACCUUCUGUCAAACAAAAAACGCACAGCAUAUCAACCCACCUCCGCCUAUUUCUUCAUUCCGCAACAUCCCUUAUCCAUUGUCAUACCCUCUCUCCGCCUGCAACCUCCAUUUCCCAGCAAUCCACCUCACAACUUCGCUACCUUCAAUCACCAUACAACCUGCCUUCAAUUCAUCACCCAACCUUCAUUUAUCCUCUCUGUUUAUCGCCAUCAUCGUACUCCCAGUAUCCUUGCUUCCGCUUCAUCUUCCAUUUUCCUUCCAACAACCAUCAAGCCACCACCUCAUCGUUCUUCAUCCGCUAG